CGUAGAAGAAGAAGUCACGUGACGUGGUUGGCCAGUCAGACUUCCGGUUGUCUAUUCAGUGCGUAAUAGUUUAUUUUUGCUCUAAUUUAACAUUUUAAUAUACUUGUCAGCUAAUGCUGAUUGCUAAUGUUGACUAGGUGAGCUGUGACGCGGAUGUCACUUUAGUUUUUUCUUGUGUCCUUUAGCUUUAGCCGGUGUGCUUUACGUUUCAUCGUCAAUAACGCAGGAGGCAUUAAGUCAGCUAACAACACCAUGGCCAGUCCGAUUCCAAUGCAAUGUGUUGCCUCUCUGAGGAAAUCCGGGAUUCAUUUAAGAACUGCUGCUCUGGGCCUCCAUAAGCGACACUACAGCAGCAAGAAGGAGUCUUCAACCGAGUAUUUGAGCCAAAGCGUUGUGCCGUCGAUGCAUUACCAGAAGAGUUUACCCAGACUACCCAUACCAAAGCUUGAUGAUACUGUCAGGAGGUAUCUAGCUUCCCAGAGGCCUCUGUUGGAUGAUGACCAGUUCAGAACAACAGAGAAAAUUGCACAGGAUUUCCAGAACGGUGUGGGGAAACAGCUGCAUGAGGACCUGGUAGCUCAGGACAAAAGCAAUAAACACACAAGCUACAUCUCAGGACCAUGGUUUGACAUGUAUCUGUCAGCUCGUGACUCUGUGGUGCUGAACUCCAACCCCUUCAUGUCCUUCAAUCCUGACCCUAAGACCGAGUACAAUGACCAGCUUGUGCGGGCGACCAAUGUAGUGUGUUCAGCAGUGCGCUUCAUGAAAACACUGCGAGCUGGAUUACUAGAGCCGGAGGUUUUCAACCUCAACCCGGCAAAGAGCGACACAGACGGCUUCAAAAGGUUCAUCCGCUGGGUCCCGUCUUCACUGUUGUAUGGCGCUUACAUGGUGAAUGCUUACCCCCUGGACAUGUCUCAGUACUUUCGCCUCUUCAACUCAACUCGCAUCCCCAAGAGGAGGAGAGAUGAGCUCUUCACCAACGAGAAAGCGAAACAUCUCCUCGUUAUGAGGAAAGGCAACAUGUAUGUGUUUGACAUUGUAGACAGGGAUGGGAAUUUGUUGAAGCCUGCAGAGAUUCAGUCCCACUUGAAGUACAUUUUGUCCGACCCAACGCCAGCGGCUGCCUUUCCUCUCGGGGUCCUCACCAGUGAGAACAGGGAUGUGUGGGCCGGGCUGAGGGACAAGCUGAUAGCUGCUGGAAACGCAGAGGAUUUACAGAGUGUUGACGGCGCCCUUUUCUGUCUCAGCCUGGACGAUGAAAGCAUGAGGGACAACAUCCACAUCUCCCACAACAUGCUGCACGGCGACGGCUGCAACCGGUGGUUUGACAAGUCCUUCACAGUCAUUCUGACCAAAGAUGGACAGGCAGCCAUCAAUUUUGAGCACUCAUGGGGUGACGGCGUAGCUGUACUUAGAGUUCAAAAUGAGAUCUUUAAAGACACAACAGAGCGGCCGCUGGUGAACCCGGGCUCUGCUGCUGCUGCUGUGGAUUCAGCCUCUGCUGUGCGCAGACUAAAGUUCAACCUGACAGCGAGCUGUGAGAACGGCAUCAGAAAAGCCAAAGAAAACUUUGACUCAACUGUAUCGACACUCACCAUUGAUGCCAUGCAGUUCACGAAAGGUGGCAAGGCACAGUUAAAGAAGAGCAAGAUCAGUCCAGAUGCUGUAGCCCAGCUGGCUUUUCAAAUGGGGUUCCUGAGGCAGUAUGGACAGACCGUAGCCACAUAUGAGUCCUGUAGCACUGCAGCGUUCAGGCAUGGCCGCACAGAAACCAUCCGGCCAGCCACCAUACACACACAACGAUGUUCACACGCCUUUGUUCUCCAGCCAGGACAACACAGUGUGGAGCAACUACAGGCCAUGCUGACUGAAUGCUCUAAAUACCAUGGACAGCUCACCAAAGAAGCAGCUAUGGGACAAGGUUUCGACCGUCACCUGUUUGCCCUGCGAUACCUGGCCAAUUCAAAGAACGCCUUCUGCACAGCCUCUACACAAGAACCAGCUUACGCUGCCAUCAACCACAACAUCCUUUCCACGAGCACCCUCACCAGUCCAGCUGUGAAUCUUGGUGGCUUUGCCCCGGUGGUGCCUGAUGGCUUUGGUGUUGGCUACGGUGUCCAUGACGACUGGAUCGGCUGCAAUGUUUCCGCUUACCCAACUCGCAAUGUCCAUGAAUUCCUGCAGUGUGUCCACAAGUCCUUAGAGGACAUUUUCAGUGUCCUGGAAGGAAAGAAACUCGGCUAAGAAACAAGUGUUUAUCAUUAAAAAUGUUUGAUUUUA